AUGCUGGCCCCAGGCUCUGAGUUGGACCCAGACCAAGAAGUGGUGAGGACAAGGCCUGAAGAUGUGCCUGCUUCCCCUUCGCCUUUCACCAUGAUUGUAAGUUUCUUGAGGCCUCCCAGCCAUGCUCCCUGUACAGCCUGUGGAACUGUGAUGACUGUUCACACAGUAGAGAGAAUGGCUUCGGUUAUACCUGCCUCCAAUAGUUCCAUGAGAUCUGAUAGGAAUACAUAUGUUGGAAAAAGGUUUGUUCAUGUUAAAAAUCCUUACUUGGAUUCAAUGGAUGAAGACAUUCUCCAUCACUUGGAUUUGGGAACAAAAACACACAACCUACCAGCAAUGUUUGGAGAUGUAAAGUUUGUCUGUGUCGGUGGGAGCCCCAACAGAAUGAAAGCAUUUGCACUGUUCAUGCACAAGGAGCUUGGGUUGGAGGAAGCCGAAGAAGACAUAAAAGACAUCUGUGCUGGGACAGACAGAUACUGUAUGUACAAAACCGGGCCUGUGCUCACCAUCAGUCACGGCAUGGGCAUCCCCUCCAUUUCUAUUACGCUUCAUGAACUCAUCAAAUUCCAUGCACGAUGCUGUGAUGUCACCAUUAUUAGAAUUGGUACAUCAGGGGGAAUAGGGAUUGCACCAGGGACUGUUAUAAUAACGGAUAUAGCUGUAGACUCCUUCUUUAAGCCCCGGUUUGAACAGGUCAUUUUGGACAACAUCGUUACCCGAAGUACUGAACUUCACAAGGAACUAUCUGAAGAACUGUUCAACUGUAGCAAAGAAAUCCCUACCUUCCGAACCCUCAUUGGACAUACAAUGUGUACCUAUGAUUUUUAUGAAGGCCAAGGCCGACUAGAUGGAGCGCUGUGCUCCUUUUCCAGAGAAAAAAAGUUACAUUACUUGAAGAGGGCGUAUAAAGCUGGCGUCAGGAAUAUUGAAAUGGAAUCUACAGUGUCGGCAGCCAUGUGUGGACGCUGUGGUCUAACACCUGCUGUGGUCUGUGUGACACUUCUCGACAGACUUCACUGUGAUCAGAUCAACUUGCCUCAUGAUGUCCUUGUGGAGUACCAGCAACGGCCUCAGCUCCUAAUCUCCAACUUCAUCAGAUGGCGGCUUGGACUUUGUGACUAG